AUGACAGAGCAGCUCAUUGUGCGCUUCAGGGACAAAUCAGUUGUCAUUCCCUUUCCUGACGCUUCCUCAUUCAUCAACGAAGAAGAGAGGAACAAGAGCCUUGUUUCACUCUGGUCCAGUCGUUGCGGCUGGCCAAGGGAACGAUUAUUUGUGGCAUCCUGGCAACUUCCGUUUGUUCAAAUAUCAGUUGUAUCUGCCAUUCGGGGAGGAAAAGGAGGAUUUGGAACUCUUUUGAAAGGACAAUCUCGUCAGGCUGGGGCCAAGCUUACUACUGAUUUUGGUGCAUGCAGAGACCUUCAAGGUCGCCGUCUCCGGCAUGUAAAUGAUGAGAUCAAAUUGCGCAAAUGGAGGGAGAUGGAAAAGAGAAAACAAGCAGGAGAAGAGGUCCCUGAUGAUGAACUGUGGAAGACUCCCAGUGGGCUCUAUAAUUGGCAUCUCAUGACCCCCACUUGGGCAAAUGUCAGCAAGAAAGCAACAAAUCGAAUCAAGCGUCAGUUUCAAAAGUUGAAUCAGGAGGCAUUGAAGGAAGCAGAGAUGAAGAAAGAAAGGGAUGACUUGUACCAGAAGUCUAUGACUCUGUAUUUGGAUAAGGCGACAAGAGAAACCGAGACCUUGCAGGAAGAGAUACCUGAUGCGAUAAAGCAGGGUCUAAAAGCACGCAAUGCAAAGAAACGAAAAUAUGCUGAAGAACCAUUAGUCAUUGACCAGAAUCCGAGUGCUCUUUGCACACUUUCGGGCGACAUGGUUCUGGUGGAGAACGAAGAAAAAGGAUCUGCACAAAUACAAAGCAAAUCUGAGUUUGCUACCGCAGUUUUUGUCUUGGAUCAAUUGCCAGCUGAGGGAGCCCAACUAAUUUAUUAUGAGGUGACUCUUGUCUCUGGUGGUUUGGCGCAGAUAGGUUGGGCAUGCUUGGUUGGAGAGCAACGUUUUUUCCCAAACAGUGACCUUGGAAACGGCGUUGGAGAUGAUGUCUCAAGUUAUGGUAUUGAUGGGUCGCGGAGUCUGAAAUUCCACGGUGGAAGCGAAGAUAAGUGUGAUAUUCAGUGGAAGGCAGGUGAUCGUUUAGGGACUUUCUUCAAUAGCAAGAACAAAAGCAUCUGGUUUGCAGUGAAUGGGUCCAAACCGAAGAAGGUUUUUCAGUUGUCCGAAGAUAUGAAAGACACGUUGGUACCGGCACUUUCGUGCAACCUAGGGCAGGUGCUUGAGCUGCACACAGGGCGGCAAGAUUGCAAGUUUUUUCCAGAUGGACCAGUUGCCUCAGCUGAGGAGAUGAUAGCAAAAGAAGAUAAAAUGCAGUUGAAACCUCCCGAAGCGAAGGGGCAAAACAAAAGCUCCGCCAAACAAGCACAGCAAAAAACAAAGAUGCCAGAUGAGAAAGUUGAAAUCAAAACGAAAAAAAAAAGCAUUCAGCCAGAACGGCUGGAUCUAAGGCCAUUUCAAACGGCAACAGACCUGGAGGCUCUUGGUCUUGAUCGCCUCAAAAGUGCAUUGAUGGCACUUCAGGUUAAGUGCGGGGGGACACUGAAAGAGAGGGCGGCUAGGCUAUUUUUAUUGAAGAGUUUACCCAGAAAGGAAUAUCCCAAAAAAGUCAGGACAAAAGACUUUAUCGAGUAG